AUACACACACACAAAUCAUCAGAAGCAAUGAAGCAGGGUUCUCCUUGGUUUCUCAGCUUCCUUUUUGCUGCGCUACUCUUUUUCCACUCAACAACUUCUGCUCGUCUCUUACCACCCAACCAAGAUGAUCAUAAGGCUCAGGCUAAUGGGAUCUCUCAAGCAGGUUCAUACUUGAGGGCAGAAGAAGAUGACAUCUCAAAUCUAUUGGGUUUGGAGAAAUGCAUUGAUAAAGAUGAAGACUGUUUGAAGAGAAGGAUGGUUGCUGAGGCUCACCUGGACUAUAUUUAUACCCAGCAUAAGCCUAAGCCAUAAAGGUUUACCAUAAGAAGGAAGAUGAUGGGUAUAGGCUUUUCUGCAAUUACUCCUAUGAUCAUUAAGACCUUCUAGUUACUUAGUUGGGUUAGAUAUGAAAUCAUAUGUAACUAGGAUGGCUUAGCAAGAAACAACAACAAAAAUUGUAAUUAGUAUUUAUAAAUAUAGCAAUAUUUUUCUUUAUGAUCUUAUCUUAAUGUAUAAAUGGCUUUUGUGGGAUAGAAACUACAAGUGUACUUGAAGUUUAUUAGAAAGUAUUCAAG